UACCGAUUAAAGAUGCUGUUAGUAUUACACUAUUUGUCAUCACUGUACAAGUAAUCGGAAUUACAAUAAAGAAGCCCUAAUUACUUCAAUCUCUUCGUUACGCUCUAAAUCUCCAAAUUCCCAAGCUGCACCUCGGAAACGCCGUCGUUCUGUUCAGCAAUGGCGAAGUUGAUCAUCGGACCUGCAAUUUGUGUUCUGGCAGCUCUGUUAUUCGCCGCAUCGCUCAUCGCCAUCUCCGAUGGCCCCUUUAUCGUGGCCCAUAAGAAGGCGUCGCUGACCCGGCUGAAGCCCGGCUCCGAACGUGUCUCCGUCUCCAUUGACGUGUACAAUCAAGGAUCCGCGACUGCAUAUGAUGUAACACUCAAUGAUGAUAGCUGGUCUCCAGAGGUAUUCGAAGUCAUCACUGGCAACACCUCAAUUUCAUGGGAAAGGCUUGAUGUAGGGGCUGUUCUAUCACAUUCCUUUGAGCUGGAGGCGAAAACGAAAACUCUAUUUUAUGGUCCACCAGCACUUAUAACUUUUCGUGUUCCUACAAAGGCUGCCUUACAGGAGGCGUAUUCAACUCCAAUAUUGCCUCUCGACGUUCUAGCUGAUAGGCCACAAGAGAAGAAGCUUGAUUUGAGAGUGUUGGCAAAAUACGGAUCUCUUGUUUCGGUUAUAUCUUUUGUGGUCUUGUUCAUCUACCUGGUUGCGACCCCAUCAAAAUCUAGUGCUGCCAAGGGAAGCAAGAGGAAGCGUUGAUCAAAUCAUCCAUCAUGCAUGCAUCAAAGCUCUUGCAUUUUUACCAACUGUUACAAUCCCCACUUACGUGGUAGGAUCAUGGGUGCCCGGUUUUGUCAGUACUAUAAUCACACUUUUAGUAGGAAAUAGAAACAGUUAAAUCCAUUAACGUUGUGUCAAAACUGUAAAAUUUGUUUCAUAUGCUCUGUUUUUGAGCUAUGCAGUUGUUUGAUACAUGAUUUUAAUUAACAUGCCAAGGUGUUGCUAUUAACGAGUGAUGAUUGGGCAAAAGAAUACGAUGCAGGACAUGGUCUUGUCCUUUGUCUUUGAGAAUUGCUGUUUAGCCUAUGGAGACUAGGUUUAGUAAGGACUAAAUGUAUGUAAGAAGGCUAGCAUAGAAUAAUAUUAACAAAAGAACAAGUGCUGACUAUCAAAUAUAUUAACAA